AGAACAACAAAAAUACAUAACUCAGCUAAGGCUUCAAAAUUCACUAAUUCAGCGACCAACGGCGAAUGAGAGAUUAAUCUAACUUUAAUUUUUCAAAAUGAGAAACCGCAAUUAAUUGUGAUAUCAAAUUUCUUUCCGAUCUCAGUAAUAUAUAUUUUUUAUAUUAAUUUCAUAUCAAAUCCCUAAGUUUCAUCCAAAGCAAAUGGCUAAACGACGAAGAAAACUACGAUCUCUUAUCGCCCAAAAAUCCGCCGAACCAGAGAACACAAAUUCACUGAAACUAUCUCUCCUCAUAGGUUCCAUUUUGUUCAUUGGUUUCUUGGCAGCUGCAUAUUUUAGUAAAAUCAGUACUUCAAUGUUAUGGGGAGAUUUUCUGACCACCUAUCGAAGCCAAUAUAACCUCAUUGUCCACGGGAAGAAAGACUAUUGCCUGCCCGGCCUUGACUCGACGACACUAUUCUCCAAAAUCGGAGCCAAAGUACUGAAUCAGGAAACUGCUCUGUCCGCCAUAGAAUUGCAGUUUCGAAAUGAAAGUAAAUUUGUUGCCAUUGGAAUUGCUGGUGCUUCAGGAAUCGGAAAGAGCCUCUUUGCCCAAGAACUAAUGGCAAAUUUCCCCUGGCAAGAGAACGUCCAAACUCAUUACUGGUCUACCUUCAGCAUCGAAGACAACAAGCAACAAGCUCAAACAUUAAGGAAUCAUCUCUCCGAAUGUGGAAGGAAUUUGAUUGUAAUUGACAACCUGCAUCCAAGAGAUGUGGAUUUCAUUCGGGAAUACAAUAAGAUGCUGAGCGAGCAGGGCUCUGUGAACCUUGCAGUCGUUUAUGUGUUCAAUGUCGUGACAUACACAGAGGAGCAAAAGCAAAGCUAUAAUGACACUCUCCAAUCACUGGAACAAUCAUUAGAAGAUGUAAGAAUUGUGGAAUUUCGAAAAUUCGAUUCGAAUGAUGUAAGAGAAUGUAUACGACAUGAAGUCAGAAAUUUGAAUCUGACUCUUGAAGGUGGAGACUUUGAGGAAGUGGCAAAAUUGAUUGACGCAGACCGUUCGGGUUGCAAGAAUGUUUAUUCCAAAGUGUUGAUGUUUGGAAAGAGAAACAAUUUGUAGAAAGAAUAUUUAUGUAAAUUAUUUUUUUGUGAUCUUAAUAAAAAGACUGCUUCACAAUGAUGUGGAGACAAAAUUGCCAAUAAAAU